UAUUACUUUUCUGAUCAUCUCUCUCCUUCUCCUGAUUUUCCUUUCCUCCAUUCCCUUCCUGAAUAUGAAGUAUAUGGUUUAGUAUUAAUGUUUUAUCUACAUUAUUUUUAGCUUAAAAAUAGAAAGGAAGAAUUUAUAUUUUUCUCUACAGUACAAAAUGCCAAAAAUGAAUUAACUUUUAAAUUGUAACCCCUAAUUAAUUUUUCUUGGUGAAUUAGUGGCCUUAAAGAAAGAUGGUGAUCCUUCCCCCCAAACCAUGUAUUUAAGAACUUUUGUGAAAGGAAUCACUUUCCCAGUGUUAUGGUUUCUUUAAAAAAGAAAUUAAUUAAGGUAGUUUGAAAUUGGUAUGUUAAGGGCUUAAGGCAGACUUUUAUUGCUUUGUCUACCAGUCCUAACUUAUUUCAUUCCUAAGUUAUAAAAUUGAUUUCCUAUAGCUGGCAUUCAUAAUUACUACUGGAUCUACAAAUACAAGAAUAGUUAUUUUGAAAACAGCUUAAUUUUGCAGCUUCUUCAAAGCCAGCUUUUGACCUAGAUUUAAAUUAUUCUAUCAACACUUACAGAAAGGAAUUGGAUUUUGGCAUUCAAAUAAAAAUGAGGAAGACAGUUGAUAGUGCAAUCAGGUAAUAUAAGUGUCCAGUUCUGUCACUUGUAUAAAAUGAGCACAGGUCUCAUUUUACUUUGGUUUUCUUAGAAUCCAGAGAAGUUUUUCUGGAAAAGUACUCUUAACAAGACAUUAAGCAUUGCUUUCAUGUCCAGUGCCUUUCAUACCAUGUCAUAAGCAUUUUAAAUGUAGCCUAUUAGAAAGUUUGUAAGAUAUUCUUUUUAUAUUGCUUCAAUUAAAAAUUUCAUUGUUCUAUUUUUAAAAAAAAACAUACUUUUGCAUUGUUUCUUUUAGUUAAUGCUGCACAAUUAUUUUGAGACAUUAUUCAAGAAUCUUAUCAGGGUAUCCUGACAUAGCUAAUAGAUUUAGAUUCCGUGACCUUAGCAGAGGGUUAUUAUUGAGGAUAACUAAAUGAGAUUACUUAAACUCCACACCUGAAAUGUCCAGAUAAUCGCUUUGGUACUUUAGUUUGCUUGAACUGUGACCCGUGGGCCUAGAGAUCAAGGAAGGUUUCUUUUCCCUUUGUUUUUAAAACAUAUUCUUAAUGCAAAAGUUUACUAGUUAAUUAAGUUCAUAUUUUUUUCCUUCAUCUCCCUGAAACUGUGAAGGGAGCAGGGAAUUUGGGCAGAGACUGGAGUUGAAAAUUUGGACAGUGAUUUUAAAGCAAUGUAAUGUGGGCCAGGAUGCGUGACACACACCUGAACCUUAUUGCAGUGCCUUUGCUGCCUCGUGCAGCAGUUGCCCUGAGUUAAGCUGCAAACACUGCUCCCGUUUGGUCUCCAAAGCUCAGCUGCUUGUGCAUACCUCUCUCAACCUUGGGCUGAUUGGGUUAAUCCCACCCUUCUCUAACGAGGUAGCUCUGCAAGCAGUCUCCCUUCCAUGUCUCCUUCUCAAGUCGAGUGCCUUAUUCCUAGGAGCAUCGGUUCUUUCUCUUCUUUUCACAGGGUCCCGACUUGUCCCGUGCAAGCCAGCUCUUGGCUUCUCCUCUUGAAAGGUGCCAAGACGCUGCUGCGCUGCCUCCAACUGCCUUCUCGUGCCUAGACUCGGUUGCUUUCUGGAUACCUGCAUAAGCAAGCCCUUGUCACCUCUGCCCACUCCUACCUGCAGUCUGCUUUUUCUUGUUGCUACACUUCUGUUCCUUUAUCCCCGCCCUCCCUCUGCACAAUGCAAAAAGGAUGGAAAAAGUACUGCGGCCAGAAGUCUCUGAAUGAGGCGUCCAUGGAUGAUUAUUUAGGCAGCUUAGGGCUGUUUCGAAAGCUGACUGCCAAGGAUGCCUCUUGUCUCUUUCGGGCUGUUUCGGAGCAGUUGUUUUGCAGCCAGGUCCAUCAUUUGGAAAUCAGGAAGGCUUGUGUCUCAUAUAUGAGGGAAAAUCAACAAACUUUUGAGUCUUCUGUGGAGGGAUCUUUUGAGAAAUACCUGGAACGGUUGGGAGAUCCCAAGGAAAGUGCUGGCCAGCUGGAAAUAAGAGCUCUUUCUCUAAUUUAUAAUCGGGAUUUCAUUCUUUAUCGUUAUCCUGGAAAACCUCCAACUUAUGUCACUGAUAAUGGCUACAAAGACAAGAUUCUACUCUGCUAUUCAAGUAGUGGUCAUUAUGAUUCCGUGUACUCAAAACAAUUUCAGUCAAGUGCAGCUGUUUGUCAGGCUGUAUUGUAUGAAAUUCUCUAUAAAGAUGUGUUUGUUGUGGAUGAAGAAGAGUUGAAAACUGCAGUUGAAUUGUUUCGAAGUGGCUCCAAGAACAGAAACAAUGCUUUGACUGGAAGUGAGGAUGCCCAUAUUGACUACAAGAAUUCAACUCAGGAUAGGGCUGAAGAGUGGGGCGCCUGCUGUCAUGUUGAAAAUAUACCAGAGGGGUACAAUCAAGGAACAGAAGAAGCAAAGUCUCCAGAAAAUCCAUCAAAGAUGCUCUUCCCCUAUAAGGUGCUCAAAGCCCUGGAUCCAGAAAUCUAUCGUAAUGUAGAAUUUGAUGUUUGGUUGGACAGCAGAAAAGAACUUCAAAAAUCUGAUUACAUGGAGUACGCUGGGAGACAGUACUAUUUGGGAGACAAGUGUCAGGUUCGUUUGGAAUCAGGUGGAAGAUAUUAUAAUGCUCAUAUUCAGGAAGUAGGAACUGAGAACAAUUCAGUAACAGUCUUCAUUGAAGAAUUGGCAGAAAAGCAUGUUAUUCCACUGGCUAACUUAAAACCAGUUACACAAGUGACACCUGUUCCCACCUGGAAUGCUAUGCCAAAUCGGAAGGGAAGAAGUUACCAGAAAAUGCCUGGGAGCUGUGUCCCAGAAAUGGGUAUGUCAGAGAUGGAUAUGAAGCAACGAAAGAAGAUGUUUAAGAAAGUUAGAGGGAAAGAGGUUUAUAUGACUAUGGCUUACAGCAGGGGAGACCCCCUCCUCCCACCUAGGCUUCAGCACAAUAUGCAUUAUGGACAUGGCUCUCCAGUGCACUACUCACAGGCAGCUGGCAAUGUUAUGUCUAAUGAGCAUUUUCAUCCUCAACAUUCGUCUCACAGACAAGGUCGGGGAAAUGGGGUACCCAGGGAUUCAGCUCGCUUUAUAAACAGGCACAACAUGGCAGGCCCUAAAGUUGGUUUCUACCCUGGCCCGGGUAAAAGGUGCUGCCAGAGCUAUGAUAACUUCUCCUAUAGAUCACGUUCUUUUAGACGAAGUCACCGCCAGAUGCAUUGUAUGAAUAAGGAAUGCCAGUAUGGCUUUGCCUCAGAGAAUGGGCAGAUGCCCAGGGGCUUGGAAGAAACCAUUACUUUUUAUGAAGUUGAAGAAGGGAAUGAGACUGCUUAUCCAACUUUACUGAAUCAUGGAGGUCCCUCUACAAUGGUUCCUGCUUCUUCGGGGUAUUGUGUUGCAAGGCAGGGACAUAGCUCAGGCAAAAAGACUUUGAAUUCAGAGGAGGGUGAGGGCCAGAGUGACAAUGGGGGAUAUCAUGAAGAAUAUAUUUAUCCUUCAGAGCCAGAAUAUGAAACUUCAGGUGUUUAUUGCACAGCUGAAUCUACAGCAAACGUGGACAGAAGACCAUGUAUUAUGUCUCCUCAAGACAAAAUUACCUCAUACAACUACCCGCAGAAGGUGAUGGUAAAUUCUUCAGCAAUUGCAGCUUCCUGUGCCAAUAAUGUUCCAGCUCCAGUCUUACCUAACAGUGCAGCAGCUAAACAAGCUAGUAGUACUACUUCAGUUUCCUCACAGAAUGCUAUGCAGCCUCUAUUUGUAUCUCCACCUACACAAUGCAGGCCAGUGAUUGCUUCACCAUCCUAUCCAUACCACUCUGCUCCUAUUCCUGCUGCUACUGCCUCUCUACCACCACCACCACCACCUCCUCCUCCUCCUCCUCCAUUUGAGGUAGGAGAGGCUUCAAACUUGCCACCACCACCUCCACCUUAUUCCUGUGAUCCUAGUGGAAGUGAUCUUCCUCAAGAUACAAAAGUUUUGCAGUACUAUUUCAAUCUGGGAUUGCAGUGCUAUCACCACAACUACUGGCGCUCCAUGGUCUAUGUGCCACAGAUGCAACAGCAGCAGCAGCUUCAUGUAGAGAAUUAUGCAGUGUAUACUGAACCACCUCCUCUGGUAGAUCACACCAUUCCUCAGUUGUACAGUGAGGUGGGGUCAGCAGAUGGCACACAGGCAGAAGCAUCAGCACAUGGUACUUUUCCAAAUGCUGAUGCUGCAUCUAUCCCUCAUGGAACAGUUUAUUAUCCAGUAAUAUCAGAUCCCUAUGGGCAGCCACCUUUGCCAGGUUUUGAUUCCUGUCUUCCUGUUGUGCCAGAUUAUUCCUAUGUUGCCCCUUGGCAUCCAGUUGGUUUAACAUAUGGUGGGUCUUCUCAUAUUCAUGGUGCUAUGAAUCCUGGGCCAGUUGGUUAUAUUGCCUCACCUCCCUCAUCUCAUUACAUACCUCAGAAUAUGUAAUACUCAACAGUAUGAAGUAUUCUUGCACUUCCAUUUUUCUUGCUGUUUUGGUUUUUAAAGUGUUUUAUGUUAGUAUUUAAGUGACUUAAGUAGUUCUAGUGGUUGCUGUUGUACCUGUCUUUAAGAUUAUUUUGUCAUUUGAUUUAAAUUAAUACUUUAAAAUAAAGGAAUAUUACUUUUGGUUGUGAAUAAGGAAAUUGGGAUGGAUGUACGACUAGUCCCAUACUGAGCAUACCUCAUUGCAUUCAGCUUUUUUUCUGUCAGCCAGCUUGUCAGCUUUGUAUCAGUGAUGGUACCAUUGAUAAAAGGAAUAAAUCAUAUAAAUUAUUUCCUUGACUCAGAAAUCAUAUCACAUACCAAACCAUGCAAAAUUGGAAUAACUCAUUUUUCUAGAAAAUUAUACAACAAAACCAAGAACCUUUGUUUCUUGAUGACUAACUUAAUAUUAAAUGAGAGAACUCUUCAGGUUUCUUAAGAUUUGUCAGAAUUGAGUUGUGUUCUAUAUUGAUCAGUUUUGAAGGCACAUGGUGCUCUGCUUUAGAUUUAUCCCAUAUGCUAUUGUUUAAUUUUGGAUUUAUGUAACUUUUACUGCACAGUAUUGAUUGGUGUCCUUUGCACAGUUAGCAGUAAAUAAAAGCAUUUGAAAUUGCUAAAAUGAGUGGGAUUUUCUUCUUUUUUGCUUUUCAUGGCAACAAGGAGUACCAGACAUUUGAUUGUUUCAAUAUGUUUUUUCCCCUGGCACUUUGAUUGGAAAAGAUUGUGAAUUUAUAAGCAUGAACUGGUGGGCCCCUGAAAUGUUAAUUAAUCUCAGGUUAUUGCAUUGUGCCCUGCCAUAUCUAGUUCUUUUCCCUUGAGUACCUUCCUUUUUUAGGUUGCAUAUCUGUUUUUUUUUUAAAUCUGUAAUCUCCUUUAGGAACUUUUAUCUAGACUUCCUUUCUCGUCCUUUAUUUCAAAUAGUUAUCAUAUUUCCUGCAACUUCUGUUUCUCAGACUUAAUUUGUAUCUCUUGAGGCCUCUCUUUUCUCUGACUUUCUGUGAGAACCAAUUCAUCCGCCUUUUUGCUUUCUCCCUUUCAUCUACCUGAAGACCAUGAGACUUGUAUUCAUCAGUUCUGCUCUGAGGGAUAAUUAAUAAUGUAUGCUUUGUUGUAUCUCACCUGAAAAACAGCUAUUUGAAAAGCGUUCUUGGCCUCUUGCCUCUUCUCUCUUUUCUUGCAAGAGUGCCCACAUAUCCUGUCACAUUUGUUGUUAAUAAAACUUUCUACCUCCUCAAA